UCUGUAGCUAAGCAUUGGUCAUUAAUCCAAAAGAGAUUAAUGGAGAAGAAAACGAUUCUAACGGCUUUUGGGUUGAUGAUGAUGAUGUUGAUCCUAAGCGCAACUAUUGCAAGAGCCGAUCUAUGCCAGGAUGCAUUGACAACUUUGUUGCCUUGCAUGCCGUUCUUGACGGGUUCUGACCCCCCAACACCCAGUGCUAACUGCUGCCUAGGCGUAAUCGAAGUGCUAAAUAAAGCUACGACCUCCGAAGAUCGCAAGGCUCUGUGUGUCUGUUUCCAAAAUGCUGCACCCCAGGAUGGUGUUAAGUCUGAUAGGGCUGAACAACUUCCCGACCUCUGCAAGAUCAAAGUUCCAGUUCCGAUUAAACCCGACGUGGACUGCAACAAAUUAUGAUGAUUCUUUAAGGAUUGAGUGGAGAUAACAAAUAAAGAUGGGGAACAUGCAUAGAUAGAGCAAGAUAUAUGGCCAAAUAUUGGGUUGUAAACAUUAAUAUAUCGGAGAUGGACUCUUUUUGGCUAUCUUAUAUUAUAAAUAUGCAUGAAAAUAUCAAUUAAAUGAAUAAAAUUAUUCCUAGUUUCAUUGCAA